AAACAUGCUGAUAAUGUGCUGAUAACAAUUUUUAGUAAUUCUAGUAAUUUUUGAAUUUUGAAUCCAAGCUGAUUUUAAUUAUAAAAAUUAAAUUGUGCAGUACGUAGUUUUAAAUUUCUGUCCAAUUGUUUGUUGUAAGUAAAUGAGCAUUACGUGAUAUACUCAGUUCUCGUAGAGAAGAGAUUCCAGCUCUUCAAUUUCAUUCGGUUAUUCGUGAAGGUUGUUCAUACUUACCUUGCCGGUAUAGACUAUAGUACCAAUUUUCAAUUGAAUCCUAUCGCAGAGGAACUAAUUUCUAACGAAUAAUUCAUAUUGAAAACUGUAAUGCAGAUUUGAAGUGAAACUUUCGAAGCUUGGUAGGAUUUAAUGAUCUUGCAUUUUACCUGAUGAGUGGAGUUUGUUUCCUCCGAACAAGUCAAACUGCCAUAAUUUGCAUCUCAGCAACUGAAAGGAUUGUUCGAAAUAACGUUUUGUAACACGACGAAGUUGAAAUUUUAUGCGUUUCCUGAAUGAUAAUUUCUUUUGUUGGAUUCCGUUACGAUUUCGUAUGUUUUCAAGAAUAGCAACAGUUCGAUGAAGAUGCUAUUUCGGAUGUAAAUGGCUCAUUAGUCAUUAAAGAAUAAUUUCACACAGCUGGUUUCUCAAAGUUCUGAUCGUUGAGUAGAAUUUUUUCGUUGAAAGUAGCUGCAUCAUUUGAGUUUCAAGAUGUUCUCUAUCUUACGAGGUCGUACUCAUCUCUCGAAGAAAUUAGAUUUAAUCUGUAGCGGUAGAGUACUGCCCAAUUCACAAAGUUACGUUGAUUUUUUCAAAAGUGGCAGCUCGCGAAAUCAUUGUGAUUCUUCAAAGCAAGUGCUUCAUACUCAUAAUCAUAAUGCUAUUUUAAAACCAGUAUCUUUCAGUUUUCCAAACCAUCCCCAUUUUUUUCAAAAAUCGCGACACAAUCACGCAAAUAGCGAAAUGAAACUAUUAUCUACUCAUCAAAAACACUCCGAUUUUUCAAAAAAGUUGUCUUCCACGAGCAAAGAUAAGAUGGAUCAGAUAAGCACUCUCGUUGAAGAAUGGACAAAGCGUUACGAUUCUUUGGGCAAGCUUGAUGCCAAUGUUGUCUGCGGUACUUUGAAUACUCUAUCAAGAUUUCACGUUUUUGAUAAGAAAUGGAAUAACAAAGAUCGAGAAAACUUCAAAGAACUGAUCGUUAAACUAGUAGUAGAAGCGAAUCAAUUAUUUGACACAAAUCGUCAACCGUUUUAUAAAUUAAAACCGUGGCAAAUCGCGCAUACCUUGAACGCGCUAUCUGGUUGGAAUGUAUUUAGAAAAGAUAUCUGGAACGUAACCGUUCAAGUGUACAGUAAAGAAAUAAGCGAAGUCCAGCUGUUCAAAUCUGUCAUUGUUAAACUAAUCCAUCAAGGAAACAGUUUACUAGAUCCUAGAAACAAAUCAGUCCAUCAAUUCGAUUUUUAUGCUGCAGCUAACAGCUUGAAUGCUUUGUCCAAAUGGAACAAGAAUGAGUUAGAAGGAGCUAGCGAGUUCGUUGUUAAAUUAAUGAAACAAGAUUGUAUGGUGGCUAGUGGAUCCGCUUCAACGCAGCAUAAUACGGAAGAUGAAAAACACACUUGUAUGGGAGUCAUAAAAACGUUAAAAGCUAUGUCUAAAUGGCACAACGAGGAAUUACAAGGAUCUAGAGAAUUUAUCACUCAAGUACUUGUUAAAGGAAUUUCACUCGCUAACAAAUUCAACUCUAUAGAAAUCGCCAACGGUCUAAACGCAUUAUCUAAAUGGAACAUUAAUGAUUUUCCAGAAGCCAGAGAGUUCAUCGUUCUGCUAAUCAAACGAGGAAACGCGAUUAUAGAUCAAUUCAACUGUCAAGGAAUUUCUAAUUGUUUGAACGCUCUGUCGAAAUGGAAUAUCAACGAAUUACAAAGCUCCAAAGAAUUCAUAUCUCAGUUGGUUAAACGUGGAAGUGCUACAGCCAAAGGAUUCAAUGCUCAAGAAGUUUCCAAUAGUUUGAACGCGGUGUCUAAAUGGAAUAUGGAUGACAUACAAGGAACUAGGAAAUUUAUCGCUGAGUUAAUAAAAUGCGGAAAUCAAACGGUCGAUAUGUUUAAUUCGCAAGGAGUUUCCAAUGCUUUAAACGCAUUUUCCAAGUGGAACAUCGAUGACUUCGAAGGUGCUAGUAUAUUCAUCAAUCAGCUAAUUAAACGAGGAUGUUCUACAAUCGAUGGAUUCGAUUCUCAAGAAAUUGCCAAUAGCUUGAACGCUAUUUCGAAAUGGAAUAUCGAAGAGUUCCAAGAAUGCAAAGAGUUUAUCACCAGUUUAGUUCAACGAGGCAGCGCAACAACAGAUGGAUUUCAUUCUCAAGAGAUAGCCAGCAGCUUGAACGCUUUAUCCAAGUUGAAAAUAGACGAGUUACCUGGAUCUACAGAAUUCAUCGUUCAGUUAUUAAAACAAGGCAGCUCUAUAGUUUCUGAAUUCGACUCUCAAGAAAUCUCAAAUUGUUUAAACGCUCUUUCCAAGUGGAGUAUCAACGAGUUCCGAGGUUCUAAGGAUUUCAUUAUUCAGUUAUUCAAAAAAGGUAUUACAACAAGCGGUGAAUCUACACCUCUAAGUAUAGCUAUGAGUCUGAAUGCUCUGUCUAAAUGGGAAAUAAACGAACUACCCGGAGCUAGGGAAUUCAUAGUCAAGUUGAUACAACGUGGAAGCUCUACAGUGGGCGGAUUCAACUCUCGGUAUAUUGCCAACAGUUUGAAUGCGUUGUCUAAAUGGAAUAUAGACGAAUUCGCAGGAAGUCGGGAGUUCAUUAUGCUGCUCGUGAAACGUGGAAAUUCAACAAUCGAUUCGUUUGAUUCUCAAAGUACAUGGAAUUGUUUAAACGCGCUUUCUAAAUGGAAUAUCGACGAUUUCGAAGUAUCUGAAGAAUUCAUUGUGAAAUUGAUCAAACGUGGAAGCUUUAUAAUUGGUGGAUUUGAUCCUCAAGGUGUUGCUGCCAGUUUAAACGCUCUAUCCAAGUUUAAAAUCGUUACGUUGAAAGGAGCUAAGGAAUUAAUUACUCUGUUAAUACAGCGAGGGCAUUCAACAGUCGACAAGUUUAAUUAUCAAAACAUCGCUAGUAUUUUGAAUGCUCUAUCGAAAUGGAAUAUCGACGAAAUCGAAGGAUCAAAAAAGUUCAUCGUGGAGCUGAUAAGACGCGGAAAUUUACUCGUCGACGAAUUCGGUCCUGUAGAAAUUUCUGUCAGUCUGAAUGGUCUGUCGAAAUGGAACAUCGACGAUUUUCAAGGAGCCGCAGAGUUCGUCGAUCUAUUAGGUGAACGAGGUUGUUCAACAAUUGACAAAUUCCAUCCCCAAGACAUCACCACCAGUCUCAAUGCCUUGGCUAAAUGGAAUAUUAAUGAAUUUCCAGGAGCUAAAGAAUUGAUUGUUCGAUUAAUAAAGCGAGGGCAUUCAACAGUUGACAAGUUUAAUUCUCAAAACAUCGCUAAUAGUCUAAAUGCUUUAUCGAAAUGGAAUAUUGAUGAAUUCAAAGGAUCAAAAGAGUUCAUCGUGGCGUUGAUAAGAUGUGGAAAUUUACUCGUCGACGAAUUCGGUCCUGUAGAAAUUACAAGCAAUCUGAAUAGUCUGUCGAAAUGGAACAUCGGCGAUUUUCAAGGAGCUGCCGAAUUCAUCGAUUUAUUAGGUGAACGAGGUUGUUCAACAGUUGACGAAUUCCAACCUCAAGAAAUCGCUAUCAGUCUUAAUGCCUUGUCUAAGUGUAAUAUUAAUGAAUUUCGAGGAGCUAGAGAAUUGAUUGUUCGAUUAAUAAAGCGAGGGUAUUCAACAGCUGACGAGUUCAAUUCUCAAAACAUCACCAUUAGUUUAAAUGCUUUAUCGAAAUGGAAUAUCGAAGAAUUCGAAGGAUCAAAAGAGUUCAUUGUGGAGCUGAUAAGACGUGGAAAUUUACUCGUCGACGAAUUCGAUCCUCUAGAAAUUACAAGCAAUCUGAAUAGUAUGUCGAAAUGGAAAAUCGACAAUUUUCAAGGUGCUAGGGAAUUCGUCGGUCUAUUGGUUAAACGAAAAUGAGGUUGUUAACAGUUGACAGAAAAUUUAUUGUUCGAUUAAUUAAACGUGGGAGGUUUAAAAAAUUGAAAUAUGAAACCCUUUUUAAAUGUAUAAAAAUUAAAACUUUUUUUUCUGUUCUAAUUGUUUUUAAUCGCAUGUAUUUUAUUUUUAUAGUCUACUUGUAUGUAAAUUUCAGAACUUUCUGUGUUGUUAUUUUUCAAAUGUUCAUUUGGUUGUUUUUUUUUAUGCAUUUAUUUUACCAGAUGUAAUUUUUAAUAAAUCGGUUAAAAUUGGAA